AUGGUUCUUUUCCGCGUCCACGACCCUGAUAGCAUCAUGACAUUCCCGCUAUUGAGCACGGCCUUAUGGUCACUAUUAUUGGCGUUCACUGGCCUCAUUUCUAGAUUGAUCUAUAGGCUUUAUUUUCAUCCUUUGGCUACUAUUCCCGGUCCAAAACUCGCAGCAUGUACCUCCCUAUGGCUUGCCUAUCAUACCUAUGUCGGCGACGAGUGUACGGUCGUCUUUAGUCUUCAUCGCCAAUAUGGCCCGGUGUUGCGCGUCGGUCCCAAUGAUGUCGACAUUUCCAAUGCAGAUGCCAUCGAGCCAAUGUACAUCGCUCGGGGCGGAUUUCCAAAGUCUUCGGCGUACUCCAAAUUCGAUAUUGACGGUCACAAUACAAUCUUCUCCACGCUAACACUUUCUGAAAGAGCGACAAGAGCCAAGGCUGUCGCGUCGCUAUUUUCCACCGCUUCGCUCCGACAAGCCGAGCCACUCUUGGCCCCGGUCUUCGAUGAUCUCAUCGCCAGACUUCGACUCGAAGCGAAAAAGGGAGAGCCAGUCAACGUGCUUAAUAUCUGUCGAUGUAUGGCCAUUGACGCUAUUAGUGUGUAUCUUUUCCAACAUCGCUAUGGGGCCCUGAACGAGGGCUCCAAGGUCAUGUCUGCGUCCCCCUUUGUUGACGCAUUUGUUGGCAUCGGUGCAUUCUUCAAUCUCACACCCGGAAAAAUAGGAGACCUUAUCAUGGCAACCUCAGAAUGGAUGAUUUCUACUGACGCCACGAGGAGAGCAUUCGAUCUUAUAGACCGCUUCACGGGGCAACUUGUGGCUGUCGCAACACCCAAAAGUGGGAGUUAUCAAAGCCGUCUUCUGGAGAAGCAGACAUCCAUCCAGUCUCAAAUCGAAGUGAAAGACCUUUGCUUUGCUGGCACCGACUCAACUAGUAUGAACACGGCAACAAUAAUGUGGUAUCUUUCCAAGUAUCCACAAAUAUACUGCCGACUCCGUGAAGAGAUACAAAGCACUGUUGCUAAAGGGGAAGACCCAACAGCCUGUGGCUAUCUUCGUGGAACGAUUAAAGAGGGACUUCGAUUAUCAUGGACCAACCCUAUCCGACUUCCUCGAGCCGUACCCCCUGGUGGUUGGACCUAUCACGAUUAUCACUUCCCCGCAGGGACAAGUGUCGGUGUUGCCUCUUUCCAACUGCACCAGAAUGAGCAGGUUUUCCCAAGUCCACUACGCUUUAUGCCUGAACGGUGGCUAGAUCCCACUCAGGAUAUGCUCGACCAUUUCUUUGCAUUCGGCAAGGGGUCUCGGGCAUGCAUCGCACAGAACCUAGGCACCCUGGAGGUCACAAUGGCAAUAUUCAGCAUAGUCAAAGCAGAUCUGCUUUGCAACGCAAGGACUGUCGACAAAGAAAUCCAGAUAAAACAGUGGUUUAAUUCCCGGGUCAAGGGCGAAGAAGUUUUAAUCCAAUUCAGCCCUGGGCUAGCUGAUAAUUAA